ACGGAACAUAUUAUCAAUCAGACCUAACGGAACAUAUUAUCAAUGAGACCUAACGGAACAUAUUAUCAAUGAGACCUAACGGAACAUAUUAUCAAUCAGACCUAACGGAAUAUAUUAUCAAUGAGACCUAACGGAACAUAUUAAUGAGACCUAACGGAACAUAUUAUUAAUGAGACCUAACGGAACAUAUUAUCAAUGAGACCUAACGGAACAUAUUAUUAAUGAGACCUAACGCAACAUGUUAUUAAUGAGACCUAACGGAACAUAUUAUCAAUGAGACCUAACGGAACAUAUUAUCAAUGAGACCUAACGGAACAUAUUAGCAGACCUAACGGAACAUAUUAUCAAUAAGACCUAACGGAACAUAUUAUCAAUGAGAUCUAACGGAACAUAUUAUCAAUCAGACCUAAUGGAACAUAUUAUCAAUGAGACCUAACGGAACAUAUUAUCAAUUAGACCUAACGGCACAUAUUAUCAAUGAGACCUAACGGGACAUAUUAUUAAUGAGACCUAACGGAACAUAUUAUCAAUGAGACCUAACGGAACAUAUAAUCAAUGAGACCUAACGGAACAUAUUAUCAAUGAGACCUAACGGAACAUAUUAGCAGACCUAACGGAACAUGGUAGCAUGUUGCACCCAGCUUUGUGUAGCAUCUAAGGGAUAUAUUUAUUUGAAACUCAAUUCGUUCCACCGUUCAUUUUAAUGGUCAAUGGUUUAUUCUUUUUAACAGCUUUAGAUCUAAAUAAUUAAUCUUUUUUCUAUGCUGGUCUCACACCUCCAAAAAUGUUUAAAAUAAAAAAGGAUAGGGUUUAGAUUUUAGAGAACUUUGAAGCUAGUAGUUUUUGGCUGUAUCACAAGAUAUCCCAUCAAAUAUCAAUGGACGAAUACAUCUUCAAUUCGAGUAAUAUGAUGGUGCAGUAUGACUUGUUUAUGUAUGAUCCAAGUAUUGUUCUACAGGGUGUCAAAUAUCAAAAUAAAAAGUGCGUAGCUCAUCAUUAGAAGUUUUUGGACAUAAAAGAUAAUUUCAAAAUAUUUAAUUCUUUAUAGUAUCAAACAAGGCAUACAUAUAUACGGGGUUCGUUGAAUCUAUAUAUAUACUUUGCUUGUCUGGGUGUGCGUUUGUUUAUUUGUCUGUCUGUUUGUUUCUAAUAAACGGUUGAACCGAUUGUGUCCAAAUUUUGUGUGGCACCUCACAUGACCCAAGGAAAGGUUUAUGCAAGUCCAGAAGUUGUCUCCAAAAAUUUUAUAUUUUUCAAACUUGAAAAUCCAGGAAAAAAUAAGAAAUCUGUGAACUUUAGUUUUGUUUUUUGUUUCAUAUAUUGUAUACAUAGAAGAUGCUUGCAGAUGGAGCCACAAUUGAAAGAUGAAAUAGAAGAUGGUAUUUUUUACGUUGGCAUUACUACCUGGAGAUCAUCUAACAUGAUAGUUUGUUAAAUCCCUGUUGUUUCCUUGAUUAGACAUAAAUUCAAUAUCCCUCCCUCGUGUAUCAGUUUACCUGAUUACUCCAACAUAUCCCGGUGUCAUGUUCAAACCUUUUUUAACAGGGUUUUGCUGGUUGGCUCCCUUGUUACUUGUCGAAGCCAUGCCCAAAAAGGAUGAUACACUGAAUAUUUAUCUUUACCUUGAGGAUGAAGACUCCUGGGAUUCUCUAGCAGAUCAACAGAUCCAACAAUGGAAAACUCUUUUCUCAGAUUCAGAAAACUUCUCUCCAAGUAAUAUAGAAGAGGAACAAAAUCCAAUUAUUCCAAGAGAAACAGAAAUAGAGAAACAGUCUGAAAACAGAAUAAUACCGCAGAAUGAUUAUGUUGAGACAGUUUCGGAGAUCCCUAAAACUCGUAAAUACAAUAUAGAUCUUGUGGGUGGGGAUAUAUUUGAUGAUACUCCUGAUAAAAAAAUUAAUGCUUUUAAAGUAAAGGUGACUAACACUGGAUUGCAAAUGCUUGAAGAUGAUAUGAAGAAGAAAAAAAUACCAGAACUUGGAAACAGGAAUUUCAAAUUGGGAAAUAGAGGUGUCACGGGGAAUGUUUUAAAGAAUUCAUUUAUAAAACAAAAUGUUGAUUUCAAGAAGAAAAGUUCGAAUUAUGACUAUUCUGAAAUAAUUGCAAAUGACAAUAGAAUGAAAGCAACUGAGCAUGAUUCUAAUGUAUUACAAUACUAUGAAACGAAUACAAAAAUUGACCAUGUGAAAGAUUUGGAUGAAAAUGACGCAAUGAUAAUUUUACCAGUUCCUAAUGUAAUGGAGCUAGAUUCAAAAAGAAUCUUUGUUCCCCGAUCUGAAAUUUCGACCAACAAUCAAAGAUUUGAAAAUUUAAAUCUUAAUUCAAAUUUUGCUAAUCGGGGAAUGGAAGGGUUGGUAUCUCUAGAAACCCAGAAUGAAGAUAAUAACAAUAAUGAUCUUAUUGAUCACAGUUAUUUCUCAGAGGACAAUCAGAGCCCACAGAAAGAAAAUCGGGCAUUUAUUGAACCACCUUCGAUUGUAGAAACUUAUAACACACAAAUGGAAAAACCUGGUUUAGACAUGCACCUUGUCCCGCUCAACCUUGGAGUCAAAGUUUCAGAUUUAGAAAAUCCAGUUGGUCAAAUAUUUGUUGUCAAGGACAUUAAAAACCAGAGGACUGGAAAGAAUGAUAAUUAUCCUAAACAUUUUUCUGAUAAUGAUCAAAUGAAUUCUCAAAAUAGAGGGCUUCUGUAUUUAAAAACACAAAAGAUUAACGAAUCUAAAGAUUACCUGGAAGAGGCAGGCACAGAUAAUGUAGAACAAGGAUUAAUUAAUCCAGAACUCCAAAGUGAACCAAGCAAUGUUGAACAGCAAGUAUCAGUUACUAGACCCCCAUUCAAACAAAUAGAACAUACAAAACUUUUCAAUGAUUUAGAGAAGUUCAUUGAGACUAAGGGCCUUGGAAAUAGUGAAGAAAAUAUGAGAAGAGUUAUCUAUGCAACAGAAAAUUUAUAUGAUAGUAUCGAGGUUGGAUUAGAUGAUAAACCAAACAAAAGUAGAAUUUCUCAAAGGAAAGAGGAGGAAGAACAAGACAAAAAGGCGCUAAAAAAUGACAAAAUAUUGAAUGAAAAUAUUGAUGGUACGGAGGAUAAUGCCAGUGAAAUAGAGAAGGACACUUGGCAUUUAGAUGAAGAGGUUAGAAAUCUAGAGAAGCCAGAACUAGGAGAAGAAAUUCACAAUUUUAUAGAGGAGGCGGGCAGAGACUAUUCUGACAAUGAUGAUGAUGAGGAAAUUAAAAAACUGGAACGAGUAGAAAAGAAAGAAGAUUCUGAACAAAUUGAAGUAGAUUCUAAAUAUGAAGAAAAAAAGGAUGAUUCCCUCGAGACAACUCCACAGAAUCCACAAAUUGCAAAUGGAAAUACAAGCUCUACAAGCUCUAGGGUGGAAACAAAUGAAGAAAAAAUAAUGGGGGAAAGGGCAGAAAACUUUGGAGAUGAAAACUCAAAGGAGAACAAAGAAAAUGCUAAUGGUGCUGGCUCUAUAAAAACACAAAAAGACAUAAACAAAUCUACGAUGAAUCAUAUAGUAGAGAAGCUAGAUGAUUUUUAUAAGGAUGCCUAUUCUGAAGAUAAUGUACGUAUGGGUGCUAUGCAGAAUAAACCAGAGAAAAAAAAAAUUUCCGGAAACUCUGUAAUAGAUAUCAACAAGAAAGAAAUGAAGGAGGAAGGAGAAGGUGAUUCUUCUGGUAAACAGAUUUAUCAGGAGCCAAACGUUGAUGAAGAAGAAAACAAAAUAAAAGAUUUAGAAUCAGACGAUGGAACAAUAGAGAAAGAAAUAUUAACUCAAACUGUAAACAGAAUGGAAGUAGCUGCAGAACAGACAGAUACGAUCUUUGAGGAAAACAAUCAGGAAAAGUCAAGAGACAGGAAAAAUGUGACGGAAAAAGAAAUAAAUAAGCUUGUAAAAGAUUUUAAAGAGGAGAAACCCAUUGAAAAUGGAUCUAUAUCUCACAAGGAGCAAAAUGAUACUUCCCAGGCAUAUAAUCCAAACGAAAUAAGUAAUAAUGGAAAAAAUGAGAAUGAAAAGUUAGAGGACAUUGUUGAUGACAACUCUCAAGAGGUCCCAACACGGAAAAGAAAACUGGAGGAAAAAGCGGAAAGUGAUUCUCCUGACAGUUCUGGGGUUGAGUCAAAUGAAGAUCAAAGUGACAUCUCUAAGUCUGGAAAUAAAAAUUUAGAAACAGACCCAAGUGAUACUCAAGAAAAUAAAGAUAAAAAAGAAGAUACUGUUAAAAACAACUCUGAGGAAGUCGAAAAAGAAGAUAUAGAUAUUAAAGACAAAGAGGAAGAGGAUAGGGCCAGGACUGAAUCUGAUGCAAAUGAGGAUCAAAACAUUGUCACUGAGACUAAGCAAGAUAUUUCUGAGGAUGCAAGGAUGGAGCAAAAAGAAAUCUCAAAUAAAGGAGAUAAUAUAACAGAAGAGACUGCUAAUGAUAAAAUUGAUGAUGAUGAGAGUAAUAAUGACAGAUUGGAAAACCUUGCAAAGGACAGAUCCAAUGAAAUGCUUGCAGAGAAAGAAAAUAUUUCUGAUUUAAAUGUGGAGCAAAUCAAUAACUCUGAGACUUCAGAAGAUGUUUCUGAGGGAUCAAAUAAUAAAAAAGAAGAAAAAUCAAGUAAUGAGAAAGUUCUAAAUGAUAAAGAGAAUUGGAAUAGAAAAAAAGAUCGUGUUGAACACAACUCUGAGGAUUUGAAUAUUAAAAACAAAGAGAAAGGCAAUUCUGUUGAUAUUACUGGAUCUGAUACAAAUGAGAAAGAAAAAAAUAAGGAUUUUUCUAACAGAUCAAUGAUUAAGAAGGAAGGAAACUCAGCGCAUGAAGAUGAACAUGCAGACAAGGAAGUGAAAAACUCUUCUGUUAACUCUGAAUCUGAUUCAAACGAAAAGGAAGAAGAAGACUCUAAUGAAGAAAAUGAGAUUGAUGAUAAAGCAACUGCUUCAAAAGAUAUUUCUGAUAUAGUAAACAGUAAGGAAGAACACAUGGAUGAAAAAAAAGAUUUAGAUGAAAAGUCAAAUGGAACAGAACAUAUUAAAAAUGCAGACAAGGAAGUGAAAAACUCUUCUGAUACCUCUAACUCUCAUUUAAAUGAAGAAACAGACUCUGGUGACUCAAAUGAGGAAAAUGAUGAUGAGGGUAAAGGGAAAAUGUCUGUUACAAAAGAUGUCUCUGAAGGAUCAAAUAAUGAGGAAAAUGAAAGUUCGAAUAGAGGAGAUAUUUUAGAGGAUAAAACUCAAAACUUUAAAAAUGACAAUACUGAAAAAGGUUUUGAUGAAAAAACAGAAGAAGUUGUGACAGAAGAUAUUGAAAAUACAGAGAAUGAAGUGAAAAACUCUUCUGAUACCUCUAGAUCUGAUUCAAAUGAAGAAAAAGGAGAAGACUCUGGUGAUUCAAAGGAGGAAAAUGAUGAUGAGGGUAAAGGGAAACUGACUGUUCCAAAAGAUGUCUCUUAUGGAUCAAAUAAUAAGGAAAACGAAAGUUCGAAUAGAGGAGAUAUUUUAGAGAAUAAAACUCAAAACUUUAAAAAUGACAACCCUGAAAAAGGUUUGGAUGAAAACCCAGAAGAAGUUGUGACAGAAGAUAUUGAAAAUGAAGUGAAAAACUCUUCUGAUACCUCUCGAUCUGAUUCAAAUGAAGAAAAAGGAGAAAACUCUGAUGACUCAAAUGAGGAAAAUGAUGAUGAGGGUAAAGGUAAAAUGUCUGUUCCAAAAGAUGCCUCUGAUGGCUCAAACAAUGAGGACACAGGAAGUCCAAAUAAAGGAGAUAUUUUAGAGGAUACAACUCAAAACUUUAAAAAUGACAACCCUGAAAAAGGUUUGGAUGAAAACCCAGAAGAAGUUGUGACAGAAGAUAUUGAAAAUACAGAGAAUGAAGUGAAAAACUCUUCUGAUACCUCUCGAUCUGAUUCAAAUGAAGAAAAAGGAGAAGACUUUGGUGACUCAAAUGAGGAAAAUGAUGAUGAGGGUAAAGGUAAAACGUCUGUUACAAAAGAUGCCUCUGAUGGAUCAAAUAAUGAUGAAAAGGAAAGUUCAAAUAGAGGAGAUAUUUUAGAUAAUAAAACUCAAAACUUUAAAAAUGACAACUCUGAAAAAGGUUUGGUUGAAAACCCAGAAGAAGUUGUGACAGAAGAUAUUGAAAAUACAGAGAAUGAAGUGAAAAACUCUUCUGAUACCUCUCGAUCUGAUUCAAAUGAAGAAAAAGGAGAAGACUCUGGUGACGCAAAUGAGGAAAAGGAUGAUGAGGGUAAAGGUAAAAUGUCUGUUCCAAAAGAUGCCUCUGAUGGAUUAAAUAAUGAGGAAACAGCAACUAAACUAAACCCUAAAAAAGAUUUAGAUGAAAAAACAGAAGGAAUUGUGACAGAAGAUAUUGAAAAUGCAGGCAAGGAAGUAAAAAACUCUUCUGAUACCUCUAGAUCUGAUUCAAAUGAAGAAACAGACUCUGGUGACUCAAAUGAGGAAAAUGUAGAUGAGGGUGAAACUGUCCCUAAAGAUGUUUCGGAUAGAUUAAAUAAUGCAGAAGAUAGAACUACAAAUAAAAGAGAUAUUUUAGAGAACACAACAAAUCAAAAUUUUGAAAAUGGCAACAAUGAAAAAAAAUUUGAUGAAAAAACAGAAGACAUUGUGACCGAAGAUAUUGAAAAUGAAGAAAAGGAAGGGAAAAACUCUUCUGAUACCUUUAAAUCUGAUUCAAAUGAAGAAAAUGAUUCUGUUGACUCAAAUGAGAAAAAUAAUGAUGAGGGUGAGGGGAAAAUAUCUGUUCCAAAAGAUGUCUCUGAUGGAUUAGAUAAUGAGGAAAAAGGAAGCCAUAAAGGAGAUAUUUUAGGGGGUACAACUCAAAACUUUGAAAAUGACAACCCUGAAAAAGGUUUAGAUGAAAAAACAGAAGAAAUUGUGACAGAAGAUAUUGAAAAUGCAGAGAAAGGAAAAGACUAUAAUGAGGAAAUUGAGGAUAAAGGGGAACCAAUUGCUUCAAAAGAUGUUUCUGGCAUAUCAAAAAAUGAGGAAGAACACAGUAAUGUUGCAGAAGAUUUGAAUGAAAAUAGCAAAGAAAUUGUGACAGAAGAUAUUGAAAAUGAUGAAAAGGGAGAGCAAAAAUCGUCUGGAAAAUCUAAAUCUGAUUCCAAUAAAGAGAAUGAAGAAAAAAACUCUGGUGACUCAAAUGAAGAAAAUGACGAGGAUGAUAAAAAGACUGUUUCACAAGAAACCCCUAAAAAGGAAAAAAAUGAGAAAGCACAAUCCUUGAGUCUGGAAUCAAAAAGUCCAAAAAACGAAAGCGAUACAACUACGUCAGCAAAUGUCCCAGAUAUGAAUGUGGAAAAGGAUGAGAGGAAUAAUGACAAUUCAGGGACAAAUUCAAAUAAAGGCCAAAAUGAAACUGAUGAAAAUACUACUGAGACCUCAAAAGAAACUUCCAGUAAAAUAUUAAAGGAUGUAGAAACCUCUAGGGAUGACUCUAAUGAGGAAAAUGGAAAUGAUUAUAUGGACAAUGAUGAGAAUGAAGAAAAUGAGGACAAAGAAAAAGCAGUAGAACCCUCAAAGAGCGAAACAAUUGAAAAUAUCAAAGUAACAACUGAUGUCACAAAAACAAAGAAUGAAAAGAGUGAAGAAAAUGAAGAUGAAUCUUCUGGUUUGGUCCAUGGAAAAAAAACAUCUGAAGAAAAGAUCUCAAAAAACUCAGAAGUAAAUGAUGGAAAAGAAAAAUUGAGUUCAGAUGCUCAAGAAAACAAAAAAAAUGAAGUAGAAAAUGAAAAGGAUGAUCAAGUUUCAAAUCCAAAAGAACUGGAAAAAAGUGUUGAAUCAGAAAAAUUCAAAGAAGUUCACAUUCCAGAGGUCAAAAAUGUUAAAUCAUCUAUGAAGGAAUACCCAAAAAAUUUGGACAUGAUGCAACCUGAAGAAGAUUCUAAAGCUAAUGAACGGAGUGAUAAAGAAGAAAGUAAUGACACAAAUAUUGUGGAAGAAAAGAUGCCCCAAAAUGAGGAGAGGGGAAAUGAUUACAUGAGUGAUGAUGAUACUGAGGAAGAUGUUAUUGAGGAUGAUUCUACUGAUUCCCCUCAGCCUAAUCAAGAAGGUGAUCCUGAUAAAGAAGAAAUUAAAGAGACAAAUGGUGUGCAAGAAAUAACACCCCAAAUUGCGCACAGGGGAAAUGACCACUUGAAUGAUGAUAAUACUGAAAAAGAUGUUAUUGAGCACAGUUCUUCUGAUGUUCCUGAUCCUAAUCCAAAAAAUGAUCCAGAAGAAGAAACUACAGAGACAACUGGCGUGCAAGAAAAGACAACCCAAAAUGAAGAGAGAGGAAAUGACUACAUGAAUGAUGAUGAUGCUGAAGAAGAUAUUAUUGAGCAUGAUUCUUCUGAUGCCCCUGAGCCUAAUCAAGUGGCUAACCCUGAUAAAGAGGAAACUAAUGUACAAGAAAAAAUGCCACAAAGGGAGGAGAGAGGAAACAAUAUGAAUAACGAUGAAUUUGAUAAAGUUGUUACUGAGCCCAAUUCUUCUGAUGCCCUUCAACCUAAUGAUGAUAAUGAUGGCCAAGAAAAUACAAAAUUUGAAGAAGAAAAAACCAAAGAAAAAAAUUACAAUCCUGAUGAUAGAAGUAGAAGAGAAAAUGAGAAAGAAAGCAUCCCACAGGAUGAUGAAAUAAUUGAUAAUGAAAGAAAGCGGAAUUUGAAUUCAAUUCUAAACAAGUUUCUCAAGUUAAGAUCAAUAAAUGCAAGUUAGUUUA